AGACCGUGUAGAUUGAAAUUCAUCACAUGUUGUUGUUCGAGCCUGUCUCGUCUCAUACGUAACAACCCCUCCUCUCCUUGUUCCCCAAUUUCGUACUCCAGCCUCUAUUUUUACCCUAAAUUUCUCCGAUCCAAAUCUUUUAAUGGCUAAAUUGUCCCUACGAUUUUCAGAUUCAUCGAACUUCAAUCUCAUACCCAAUCGAUUCGAUUCUGCCGCCUCCGAUCUCAUACCUUGUUCUCGGAAAACCUCUCGUUCUCAGAUUCUUAGUCGGCCUUGUAGCUCUUUUUGACAUAGCUCGGAAUUUAGUCUCUUACAUUUUCGACAAACUUCGAGGACCUCACAGAAGUUCCAGAUGGGGAAGCGGAAUAAUCAACGUAAGAAUGCGGCGGUGAUGUUGGAUAGCGAUGACGAUAAUAGUAGCGUGAGUUCAACGUCGACGAUGCGCUCUGACCUUGUGUUUGCGCCAGGAAAUGAUGAAGUGCAAGUCGACAAGGAUAGCUUGCUUGACCAAGCUCUCGAUGCUCUCUAUGAGAAGAGGGGUUCCACUAGGGAAAAAGCUCUGGCUUCAAUUGUGGAAGCGUUUAAUAGCAGCUUGCAGCAUGAGUUUGUGGAAAAGAAAUUUGCCACUUUAUUGCAUCAGUGUCUGAAUUGCAUUAAGAAGGGUUCGUCUAAAGAGAUAUGCUUGGCAUCUCAUGUGAUUGGAUUGCUGGCUUUGACUGUUGGUUGUGGGGACAAUGCUAAUGAAAUGCUUGAAGAAUCCUUACCUGUGAUUUCGCAGGCUUUCAAAUCUGGAUCUGAAUCCACAAAGACAAUAGCGUUGCUGGAGUGUUUAGCUAUCAUCACUUUCGUUGGUGGUAAUGACCCAGAGCAAACAGAAAAAUCAAUGCAAGUUAUGUGGCAAGUGGUUCAUCCAAAACUGAAAUCAAACGUGGUUGCAGUUAAACCUUCAGCGGCUGUAAUAACUACGAUGGUGUUUGCAUGGUCCUUUCUUCUUACCACUGUAGAUGGAUGGAAAUUUAAUCCCAAAGAUUGGCAGGAGUCCAUAUCAUAUUUGUCUAGUCUUCUAGACAAGGAUGACCGCUCUGUGCGGAUAGCUGCUGGUGAAGCUCUGGCAUUAAUUUUUGAAAUAGGAAGCUUAGAGAAGUUCUCUGUUGGCACAAAAAGUUCUGAUGAUGGCUCAACUGAAGAAGGAAAUAAGCCUCGAGAGUAUGUACAUAUACAAGGAUUGAAAGCAAAGAUUAUUAAUCAAGCCAGAGACCUUUCAGCUGAGGCAGGUGGCAAAAGUGCUGCUAAGAAAGAUCUUACCAACCAGCGGAACAUGUUUCGGGAUAUCUUGGAAUACUUUGAGGAUGAUUAUUCUCCUGAAAUUUCAAUUAAGAUCGGUAGUGAUUCACUACAGACAUCAACAUGGUCGCAGCUGAUACAGUUGAACUUUUUGAAGCACUUUCUUGGAGGAGGGUUUAUAAAGCACAUGCAGGAAAACGAACUCCUUCAGGAUGUCUUAGGGUUCACUCCAAAGAAAAAGUGUGUGGAUUUUGAAAAUCGUCUAUCUGGUAGUGAAAAGAGGAUGUUUAGGUCACCAAACUCAGCUCUCAACAAAGCAAGGACCCAGCAACUUAAUAAGCAGAGGAUGUUAUCGGCGGGUAAAAAUAUUGGCCGCUUUGCAGCUAAUGUGGGGGAUGAUGUGUAGUUCUGGAUGGUGGAAGCCUGGAAUUAUUCUGGUCAGAAAAUUUAGAUAGCAUCUCAUUAAAAUUAGUCUGUGGGUAAGUUAUACACCAUGAUUUGUGACAUUAAAGAUUUUGUAUGGAGAAGUCCAAAAUUAAAUUGAAUGGUUAUUUUUUGUGCACAACAUGGUGCGUGUGUUGGUUCA